AUGUCCAGUAGAAAGCUAGGAGGUGGGAGAAUUUUGGGUAAUGGGAAGUCAUUGGCACCUCCUGCCCCUCUGGCGCAACAACGAAGUUCUGGUUUUAUCACUCCUUCAGAAAGUACUCUUUCAUUGAGUUCAAGUCAUUCAUCGUCUCCUUUAGCUACUUCAUCUUUACCAAAUGAUAGUCAGGAUCUGAGUUCGAGGGUUUCGAUGGAAAAUGGACGUUCGUCAAGUGUCAACGCUGCGACCUCGAAGCUCCAAUGUCCAAUAUGCACCGAAGAAAUGAUGACUUUGUUGCAACUGAAUCGACAUCUCGAUGACAACCACCAAGAACUUCCAGAAGUAGAACAGGACGAAGUAAAGAAUUGGUUCGACAAGCAGGUUAUAAAGGCGAAGAAGUUCCAACCGCUAGCGGUAAUAAAUCAGAAGCUCAAGGGAUUAGAUGUCUUCGAAUCAAACGACGUGCCAACAUCCUCGAGUCCUAUACCGAACGCUAUUUCUGGAAAUCGCAUAUCAAUUCCCGAACAUGUCGGACCAGAUCCCGAUGAAGUAAUUACAAGGAAACAUUGGCAGAAAUCUGGAUUCAAUGAUACAUGCACGGAACCAAUAUGCGGGAAGAAACUUGGUGCGGUCAACGGAAGUGUUAAUUGUAGGAAAUGCGGGCGUCUAUUCUGCGAGGACCAUACGAUGUACCAAAUUAAACUCUCGAGGUCGGCACAACACGAACCUGUACGAGGAUUAUGGUGUAGGGUUUGCGAGACUUGUUUCAAGUCAAGAGAAGGAUACAAUGAUCACAAUGGUUAUUUACGAGAUCAUACAAACGAUUUUAUGGCCAUGCGAAGGAAACAUGUGGACAAGGCAUAUCUGGAAAUCUCGAGAUUGGAAAAGCGGCUCACUAAACUGACCCAACUACUUGCGAAUCCCCCAGAGGAUAUGACUAGCAAUGGGACAUUAUUAUCUCUGGCAGGACAGAAGAAUUCACGCAAAAUACUAGAGCAAUCAGUGGUAACCUGGGAAGAGGAUGCGAAAGUUCCAAAAUGUCCUUUUUGUCAACAAGAUUUUGGUUCUUGGUCAUUUCGGCGGCAUCACUGUCGACUGUGUGGACGAGUUGUCUGUUCAGAUCCCAGAACUGGGUGUUCUUCUGAGAUUGGAUUGAACGUCACGGCAAUAACUGACGUCCAGUCAGAAAAACAUACAGAGAACAUCAGUUUCGAUAUUCGGAUGUGUCGCGACUGCAAAACAACGGUCUUCUCCAAGAAAGACUUUGCUGCUGAACUCAUGGUAAAGACGCCUUCUCAACGAGCUUAUGAAAAUCUCCUACAAUUCGAGAAGGGUAUUCGUCUACUGCUACCCAAUUUUCAACGCCUCUUGAUUGCACUCCAAGAUCCGGAAAAACCACCAUCGCAUGUCCAACUUGUUGAAGCUGCCAAAGUUCGAAAGAGAUUGAUGGAUAGUUUUGGAAAAUAUGAUCAAGCUGGAAGACGCAUACGUGACUUACUAACCCCCUCACCCACACAACAAAAAAUCCAAAAAGCAAUUUACCAACAAUCUUCUGGCUUUCUCCACCUUCACAUGCUACCCCUUAAAUCUCUCCCCAAAGUCCUCAAGCACGCCACACCCUCUAGUCACUCAUCCCUGCUCCCUCAAAACGGACGAUCCGCCCUCUCAAAUAUCAAAUACGACACGACUACAGAAACAUCGUCACAGAUCUCGGAUAUAAGCCAAAUAUCACAAAUGGAACAGGAAGAACAGGAACUAAAGGAAAAAUUAAUAGUAUUAGAAGAACAAAAGUUCUUCGUUCAGGAAAUGGUACAGGAUGCGGGGAAAAGAAGGAAGUUUGAUGAGGUGGAGGCACUAAGGGCCAAUUUGGGAGAUAUGCAGAGGGAGAUUGAUAGGGUCAAUGGCAUGAUUGAGCAGUUGGAUUUUGAGGGCGUUUAUAGGAAGGAGAUGGACGGGGGUGGCGGUGAGGUUUUAGGAUUAGGGAGGUAA